ACAACAUAGAAGGUUCUAGAAAGUUCACAGAAUCGGAAUCAAGUGGAACGGUAUCAUGUGAUACUGACGCUAUAGUAGUAGACGUGGAUCCUAAGCCACAAAACGUGAUUAAUAGUUUAGAAUCGGAAGAAGUGAUAGCAGAUGCACAAUCAACAAUAGAGCUAAGGAAACAGUAUAAAAAAUAUAAAGAAGCCAAAAGACAUAAACAAGAAAGGUCAGGUGGUAAUAAUCCGAAUAAAAACUACACUGAUAAAGAGCAGGAUAUCAAAGGCAGUGAGGAAUUAGAUGUUUUGGUGCAAGAUAUUGCAGCUGCAGAAGUAUCAAAUAAUACGAUACAGCAAACCAAAAUAAGCACGGACCUACAACAAGAUGAGCCAGACGACCAAUUGGAUCCAAAAGAAGUAAUUCAACAGACACAGAAACAUAUAGAGAGCACGAAUAUAAAUAUGUUAAAUGUUGAUUAUAAAUAUGUACAAACACAAGCGAAAGAGAGUAACAUGGUGGAACAA